AUGAGUUGCCUUCAUGCUUGCUUCAGAGACAGAGGUCCUCGCACAGAAACAGAAGCUAUGAAAAGGCAAAAUUCUAUUCAGGAGCAUGAGAUCAUUGAAUUACGAGAAGAUAAUGUGGAGGAAAGUGAGACUGAUCAUGACGAGCCUCCAAACGUGCAAACAAGAAAGGAGAGAAAUCACUGGAAAUCAUGUAGGAAUGUAGUUUUCUGGAAGUGUAAACUAUGGAUGGUUAUAACCACAAUUUUUCUAGUAUUCUUCCUGGUCAUUCUCAUCAGCCUAAUUCUUUAUUCUAAUGUUUACACAGAUGAGGAUGACUACUGGGAUGCUGAUGCACUACUGAACAGUAGAAAUAGUCGCAAUUUUUCAGGAACACUGGAAUUAAUGUGUGGUUUUCCACACCUCUUCUCUGAAGACAUUACUAAGAAGUUAACAGAUGUCUACAGUUCAUCUCCAGCUCUAGGACGCUACUUUAGGUCAGCUCAGGUGGUUUAUUUCAGCAAUGAAAACUCCACUGUAUUUUAUCAGCUAGAGUUCUCUGUACCCCCAUCAAUAGAGGGGUUUAUGGAAAACACAAUGAACCCAGAUUUUAUAAGGAACGUUUUACGUCAAAACAUUUAUGAUGAAGAUGAUACUUCUAAUCCUGGGACAUCUGAAUGUAACAAGUUAAAGUUUGACCCGACUUCUCUCACACUGACAUGUAAGUACAUUAAAGAGGCUGUUUCCUUACAAACAGUAGAAGUAUUUACUUGA